AUGUCACAAACAUUUUCGCCAUCAGAACAUGUUUAUUCAAGUGAAACUACUAUAGUCGAUAAUAAUCAUGAAAACUCAAAUUCAUUUUUAGUGCCAAAGUCACCGUCAUCAUCGCCACCAUCUAUACCAAUUGCACAUGAAGAAUCAGGUAAUAAAUUAGUAAAAGAAAUAUUUUUUAGAGUUAAAGAUAGAGUAAAGAAAGCAUUUUUUAAAGGAAAAACAUUAGAAGAUUUAAAAACAUUAUUUUGUCAAAAGUUUAAUGAAUUCCCAAAGGAUAUAGAAAUUCAAUUUUUAAUAGUAGAAAAAGGUACCGGUAAAGAGACACAAGUGGUAGAUGUUAAUAUGAUCAAAGAGCAUCAAGAAAUUUUAAUUAGACAUGAAUAUAAUGAAGAAACUAGAAAAAGAUCACAAGGUUAUACCGGAUUAGAUAAAGAAAAAAUUGUAUUAGUUAUGGUUGGAUUACCAGCAAGAGGAAAAACUUAUGUAGCAAGAAAAAUUUGUAGAAUGUUAAAUUGGAUGUUGGUACCAGCAAAGGUAUUUAAUGUAGGUGAAUAUAGAAGAUUAAGAAUUGGUGCAGGACAACCACAUGACUUUUUUGACCCACACAACCCAGAAGGUAUUAAAGCAAGAUUACAUAUGGCAGUGGCAGCACUUGAUGAUAUGAUAUCAUGGUUACACAAUGGUGGUAGAGUUGGAAUUUAUGAUGCCACUAACAGCACCAACGAGCGUAGACAAUUGGUAGAGAAACGUUGCCAACGUGAAAAGAUGACAGUGGUAUUUGUAGAGUCUAUUUGUAAUGAUCCGGAUGUAAUCGAGCAUAAUAUUAAAGAAACCAAACUUUUAUCACCAGAUUAUCAAGGUGUAGACCCAUCAAAAGCCGUUCAGGAUUUUAGAGAUAGAAUUAAUCAUUAUAUGAAGGUGUAUGAAACUGUUGAUGGUGAAUCAACACGUUAUAUCAAACUUUUCGAUGUUGGCAAAAAGAUCGAAGUCAAUAAUAUUACAGGCUACAUACCUUCUCGUGUUGUCUUCUUUUUAAUGAAUCUCCAUUUACAUCCAAGACCCAUUUGGUUAACUAGACACGGUGAAAGUGAAUUCAAUGCUUCAGGCCGUAUAGGUGGUGACAGUGACCUCACAGAACGUGGUGAUAAUUACGCACAUCAAUUGGCAGUUUGGAUUAGCGAAUGGUGUUCAAAUAUUAGGGCUAAUGGUUAUGAUGGUGAGGUUGUAGUUUGGACCUCCAGUUUAAAACGUGCAAUUCGUACCGCUCAAUAUAUUUCACAGCCAAAGGUAGUAAUGAGAGCUUUGGAUGAAAUCGAUGCCGGUAUUUGCGAUGGUAUGACAUACGAAGAGAUUCAAGAGAAAAUGCCAGAUGAAAGAGCUGCUCGUGAUUCAGAUAAACUUCAAUAUCGUUAUCCAAGAGGUGAAUCUUAUGAAGAUGUAAUUCAACGUUUAGAACCAUUGCUUUUAGAAUUAGAGAGAACUAAACAUCCAGUUUUAAUAGUCAGUCAUCAAGCUACACUACGUUGUCUAUAUAGUUAUCUUUUAGGUAAAGUUAAAGAAGAGUGUCCUUUUAUAAAUAUACCUCUUCACACAUUAAUACAAUUAACCCCAAAGGCUUAUGCUUGUGAAGAAAAAAUUUAUAAAUUAGCAAAUUAA